AUGAGCUCAAGGUCACGUGUUUGGACCAGGCCCACAUCUGUAGCUUACCCUUGCUGCUCCAGAGAAUCUCCAGGCGACGCGCCGUCCCUUCCCGGGUUUCGCGCUGUGACUGCUGGCAUCGAAGCUUCCGCCUCAGCUACCGCGCUAUCUCCUCGUCGCAGGCCCGCCGAGGGGUACUCCUGUGUUCAACGGCACGCUCUAUUAAAAAAUCGUCGGGAGGAGGCCGGCAGGAGGCCGGCAUGCUCUCCUCAGAAUGCGCAAGGUCGGGACCAGAAAGUGAAUCCUUCAGGCACCGAUCCACUGACCAGCCGCGCUCUCAAGAGAGUGCUGCUAGUCCUGAUGCUAGAGCUCGGUCCAAUCGCCAGCGUGAUGCUCAGAUGGUCUAUCUAUAUGUUCUUUCUUAUAAUUCCCCUGCAAGGCGUCGGCCCUUCACCAGCUACUAGUCUUCCUCAAUCCUCCACUCCGCCAAUCGCCCAUCUAGCCAUUAUAAAGGCUCUCCUCUCGCCAGAAUUGUACUAA